AUGUCUGAGCGAUCCGUAUCAGCUGAUAACGGCGGAACAGGACAGUAUUUAGACCCAAGCUAUGUCCGAAUCGCUGGUCUCUUUGCAUGGACAGCCACUGGUUUGUCUGUAAUGGCCAUAUGGUCACAUUUAAAGAACUAUAGGAAACCGGUAAGUGGAGAUACGCCGGGAAGACGUGAAAGGAAGGUACCGAUAUAUGCAAUAUCAUCGUGGAUAAGUCUGAUUUCAUUACGCACGGCAUUCUACUUGGAUGCGGUUCGGGAUAUUUAUGAGGCUUUCGUAAUGUAUUGUUUCUUCAACCUGCUUGUAAACUAUCUCGGCGGUGAUCGUUCUCUCUUAAUCUUCCUUCAUGGCCGCCCACCUCUAGUCACGACUGGCUUCAUUCGCUUAUUCAUCAAAGAAAUAGACAUGUCAGAUCCUCGCGUUUUUCUCUUUUUAAAACGAAGUAUCCUCCAAUAUGUUUAUCUCAAACCGCUCUUAGCUGCAGCCACCAUGAUACUAAAGUGGAACGAGACGUAUAACGAUGGAACAAUCUCGAUGAAGAGCGGGACGAUCUGGCACCUUACAGGCCUCGGCUUGGCUAUUCUAUCUUGGCUUGGAAUAAUCAGUGAUAGUAAAGAGUCAAGUGACGGAGAUGAUGCAGGACAAUUGUCAGCUGAGAAUAGAUCCGUUGCAAUUCAGGAUUUUUUGAUAUGUAUGGAAAUGGCGCUCGCUGCCGCGGGACAUUGGUAUGCGUACUCCUAUAAAGACUACAUAGAUCCAACAAUACAAUCCGCUCGAAUGCCAAUUUACUAUGCUUUUAAAGACUCGAUGGGAACAAAGGAUGUGUUUGAAGACACGCUGGAGAUAAUCCAUGGUCGAGACUUUACUUAUCGCACUUUCGAACCCGCCGAAGGCAUGGCACAUACCGGUCCAUCUCGCGCAAAGCGUGCAAAUGCCGGCCUGCGUAUAUAUGGUGGCGGCACAACAAAGCACUGGCUUACCGAACGAAAUUCUGCAAUUCCCGAUGAUUGCCAAUCUCUCCACUUUCCUGACUCUCUCGACGAAGACGUGGAAAGUAUGUACAAGAUCAGCCGGCAAUUAGGCGAGCAUGGGGAUUAUAAUUUCCCAGUUAUAAGUACGACCGAGGUCGUUGGGCACACGAGACCAAAACCCAAGAGAAAAUACACUAUAUCGAAGAGGAAGCAAAAGGGAAAGGAUAAAGGGUUACGAAAUGUAUUUGAACCAGAAAGUGAUGAUGAGGAAGAUACGAAUAAUUUGCUUGCGGCAAAUGGCGAAAAGAAGGUGCGUCAGUUGAGCGAGACGAAUGUACCGCCAUUUCGUACCGGCUGUGUAGAUUUGAUUGUUAAAGAUGAGACAGGAAAGAAAUUGGAAAGCUAUGUCGAUAUGAUUCCGUCGGCGUCAACUUCAAGCGAGCGGCCAUCUUUUACGGCUAUAAGCGUACUUGAUCCUUUUAUCUUGGGAAUGCCUGGAAUGUCAGAUAUAAGCAGGAGAAUAAGCCCUCUUGGAACUGAAUACGAGGACGACAUCUGGAAAAAGAACGUUUGGGGGUAG